AUGGCAGACAAUCAGCAAAGUAGAUUUGAGAAAUCUCUUGGUCUACUAACCACUCGAUUCGUAUCACUUUUACAAAAAGCCAAGGAUGGUGUUCUAGAUCUCAAAGUUGCCGCGGAUAUUUUGGAGGUUCGACAAAAAAGAAGAAUUUAUGAUAUAACCAAUGUCUUGGAAGGUAUUGGAUUGAUAGAAAAAAAAAGUAAAAAUUCAAUACAGUGGAAAGGCGCAGGCCCGGGAUGUAAUACCCAAGAAGCUGGUGCAAAACUCGGUGAUUUAAAGGAAGAACUACGAAGACUUGAGGAGCAUGAGGAUUUGUUGGACACUCACACUAAAUGGAUGCAGCAGAGUAUAAAAAAUAUUGAAUGCGAUUUAAAGAACCGUCAGUACGCUUAUGUUACCUACGAAGACAUUAAGGACCAGUUUCCGAAUGAUUGCGUGUUAAUAAUAAAAGCACCUGCUGACACAGUAUUAAAAGUACCAAAUUUGGAAAAAAUCCAUGAUGAUGAUGAUGAUGAUGAUGAUGAUAAAGAUGAGAGUAAUUACGAGCUGGUAUUAAAGAGUCCAGCUGGUGAGAUAAAAGUUUACAUGAUUCAACCGCUUUUGGCUGAAAAUUAUGAUAGCAAAAUGCGAGAGUCGAGAUUGUACCCAGAACCAAAAGGUAUUAAAAGGGAAAAAGUUGAAUAUGAUCAGAAGGAAGAACCUCAGCCAAAGAAAAGGUUAUCGAGAUUGAGUAGAAGUAGAGACAAAGAACCAACGUCUGACGAAGAUGAGGAAGCAGAAGAAACCGAUUUAUUAGAAGCUAAAAUAUUGCUCAGCGGUCUCAGUACAAAGCUUCGACCGGAUUCGCCUGAUUCGAGUUUACUUGAAGAGUUUUAUUCAGAUUUUUGUGGACCCUUGUUAAGUUUGAGCCCGCCACCCAGUGAAAAAGAUUACCAUUUUAAUUUAAGUGAAAAUGAAGGAAUACUUGACUUAUUUGAUAUCACUGCUAAAUAA